AACUGUCCAUUAUGUCAGAUAUUAGACGACCCGAGGCGCGUUAGCGCCGAGGAGAGUCUAAUAUCUGACAUAAUGGUCAGUUUGAGGCUUAUAACUUACUUAAAACAUUUCACCACUGUCGAACACUCCCAUUGUUAACUUAUUGGACAGUCACAGGUAAAGUCUCGUUCUGCUUGGAUGAUUCAUACGCUUCAAUACCCCUAUCUAGCACAUUCCAAUUAGUUGGCCUAUUGUGUGUUGGUUUUUUGUUUGUCGUGCAAAAAGUAAACGUUGUAGGGUAUUUGUCUAUGUUGUACACAAUAUAAAAACAAAAUAAUUCAAUCACUCUGGCCUUGAAAUGUCGCAUUGCGACAAACACCAGCCCAUUGCUCAUGCGCAGAUGGUGAACUAAAUUCUGUAAUUCUUCAAUUGUCAAAAAUUUCAUUCAUUUUUGCCCUGUCAAUGAGUAAGGAUGGAUUAUGAAUUUGUAACACAGAAUUCGUUUCGUGAACCAAAUCGAAGUGAUUCCGACAAUAUUCUUGACGAAAUAUUGAACGGCGAGAAGGAAAACAAUGAUAAAAAUGGCAAUUUUGAUUUGAAUUUUAAAACUGUUAAGGUAUCCAAUUAUUCGGAUAUAUCGGAUUUUGACGACUCGGACGCAAUUCUCGUAGAGGCCUCACAGAAUGCCGAAAUAAAAGAAGCGGAGUUUAAGGAACAGAAAACAGCAAGAUUUUUGGCCCCACUUUCAGAAUCACAGCUGAAAAAUCUCAAGGAAAGCGCAAUACCUGUGAACACAAGAAAUAAAGCUAAAUGGGCCGUGCGUCUAUUCGAGUCUUGGCAGAAGGAAAGAUCUAUAGAGAAACCACUGUUACAAAUGACAAAUAAAGAACUAAAUAACCAGCUUACUUCAUUUGUCACAGAGCUGAAAACAUUGAAAGGCAAUGAUUACAAACCAAAUUCCCUCUAUGAAAUAAUUGUGGCAAUACAACACCAUCUACGUUCUAAUGGAAAAUUCAUUUCUCUCUUAGAUGACAGUGAGUUUUCCGAUCUUCGUGCAAUUCUUGACGCGAAAAUGAAGGAACUGUCUAAACUUGGUUUGGGAAUAAACAAAAAACAGGCACUUGUUAUCACCGAGGAACAAGAAAAUAUUAUGUGGGAGAAGGAAAUUCUUGGUUCUCAAAGUCCACAGCAACUUCUUGAUACAAUGGUUUAUUUGAUUGGACUUAAUUUUGCAUUGAGAGCUGGACAAGAACAUCGCAAUUUGCGUGUUGGAGAAAACUCACAACUGUUUUUGAAAACGUCUGUUGUUGACGGAAGACGAUAUCUGCAGUACAGAGAGGACAUAUCCAAAUGUGCAGCUGGAGGGCUAAAUAGUCGCAAAACGGUCCCAAAAGUAGUGAACGCAUAUGAAAAUCCGGAAUGUCCAGAGAGAUGCAUUGUAUCCCUGUACGAAAAGUUUAUUAACCUCAGACCCAAGGACGGGAAGUCAUCCGCCUUUUAUUUGCGUCCGUCUAAAUUUUUCACAACAGACAAAUGGUAUGACGACGCGCCGUCGGUAUCCACCCACUUCAACAAACCGUUGCCAAGUUGUGUAGGAUUGCAGGAUUUCAAGGCUUUUUCUCUAACCAUUCUCUGCGCGCGACAGCAGCGACACGUCUUUAUUCAGCAGGCGUAGACGAACAGCUGAUAACUGAGAAAACAGGCCACAAAUCACUUUCGGUACGAAAUUACAAGCGAACCUCUGAGGGCCAAGAAAGGCGUGUAAGUGAUAUCGUACAAGGGAGAAAACCAGGAACAUCGAGCCCACCUACCAAGAAAGCCAAAGAUGUGGAUUCUUCAAAAGUGUCAUGUCAGUGUCCAUGUCCAACAAUUUCUGUGAAUGUUCAGAAGGAUGCGAGUGUUACAAUUAAUGUGAAGUUUAAUUCUGAAAGCUCGUAAAUAAUUCUCUUGUGAUUUUCGGUGUUUAUUUUCCAGGAUUAAAAUUAAAUUUGUUUACAAGCCUUGUUUCUUUGCUUCUUUUUUGCAGUUUACCUGUUACUGUCCAAUAAGUUUCAACUUAUUGGACACCUACAGGUAACUUAUUGGACGGUGUGCAGAACAAUAAGAAAUUUAUUGUACCUGGUUUAACAAAAGAUGACGUCACAG